AAAGCAUUUCUAUUUUCAUCAUAAAUUAUUUCGAUUGGAAUCCAUCCAAGCUGUAGAUCGUCGUGGGUCUGUAUAUGCGCCUGUACGUAUCUGUGUAUGUGUGUAAGUACGUGUGUAUGUGUGUGUGGGUGCAUGCGGGCGUGAGUAUAUCUGUGCACGAGUAUGUAAUACUAUGUGCCUUUAAAAUUGAUUUGUAAUUCCAUAAUAUGUUUCAUGUUAAGCGCAUAGAGCAUUGCAUAAUUGGAUGUGCGCUAUAUAAAAGCAAUCCAUUAUUAUUACUAUUAUGGUUAGAAUCACUUGGAACUUAUAGACUCAAGAGUCCGUUAUCAAGACUGUAUCAUCAGCGUACAGCAGGCUGUUAAUAUUGUAGCCGCCUAUCUUGGCUUCUUCUGUAUCAUUAAUAUAACUCCGUAUCAUUUUGCAGUAUGAAUUAAAGAGGUAUGUAGAUAAGACACAUCCUUGUCGUACUCACCUGCAGAUUGACCUGUAUUCAAUAAGAGGUGGAUAAGAGACGAGAGACCACGAAACUGGCAUGGUAUUGGGUAGUCUAGAGUUUAAUAAACAAAACCACCCUCGUGUCAAUCACUGGACGGCUCUUACAUAAUGCUAUACUAUGUUGGUCAUGCAGGGUUGAGGUAUCAACGCGGGCAAUCUCUUAUUAUUCAUCCUUCUGUAUUAUAUCACAUUUUAGGAUUUUCUGCGCCAUGAAGAGCCACGACGAGUGUAACGAAGACGUGCACUGUGGACAGGGCCAAAAGUGCUAUAAAGGCCAAAUAUGUGCCGCUCUUGCACAUGCACCGUUAGCGCCGCUGGAAUUAUCACAAAACGCUGAACAGUCGAGAAAAAAGCGCUCCGCGUAUUACAACGAUAUGUCUGAUCCCUUCUGUGCCUCAAGCAACCACUGUGGGCCUGACGACUGUGGGGGCUGCCCAAAGGGAAAGAUUUGUAAACAAACAGACAAAGUUUGUGUGAAACAUCCUUGCGACGAUCACGUGUGUGUGGAAGAUAAUGAGUGCGGAGGAUGUUUAAAUGGUCAAGUUUGCGAAGUUCUCUACCCCCCUUGCCCUCCACCAGUUGACUGUGAGGCACUCCGGAGAGAGGAUCCUGAGGCACAUUGUCCCGAAAUCAAAUGUGAGCCCAUCGCCACCUGCGUUUCUACACUAACCUGUGCCAACGUCCGUUGUGAAAAGGGAGCUACGUGUGAGAUGUUCAAGCCUCCCUGCCUUGGAGGGCAGUCUUGUGAACCGGCACGACCUGAAUGUAAAUCUGCCUGCAGUAAGGAAUGUCGCCCAGGAUUCCAAUGCGAAAGUCUCCAUCCUCCUUGCCCGUUACCAGCCGUGUGCCUGGAAAGUGAAUCCCAAGACUGUGUUUCACCUACGUGUCCCAGCUUCGAAAGAUGUGCUGACGUCAGACCAAACUCCUGCGAUGACCUGCAGUGUCCUGGCGGGACGGAAUGCAAGAUGAUCACAGACACUUGCGGUCGUGGUAAGCUCUGUCGUAAGAUGGCUAAGGCGGAGUGUGUCCCCGUUUGUAAUAAGAAAUGUGGACGCAAUCGCGAAUGUAAAAUCGCCUCGGAAUGUCCGUCUGAUGGUAGCAAAUGUAAGCACAGGCAGAAGUGUGAGCGUAAACCGGGAGCCUGUCCAAAAUGUAAGCCCGGCAGUGAAUGUGCCUUGUCCAAACGAUGCCAAGGGUGCAGGAAACGCUAUGUCUGCGUACUCAGCCGUGGAACGUGUCCUCCUGUGCCAACAAUUAAGCCUUCCAAACGAGCUUGCAAGAAAGAGAAAAGACGAUCCCGUCCGUGUGUCAAUGACGACCAAUGUAGAAAAAAUCAGAAAUGCUGUACCUCAAAGUGUGGUCGCAAGAUAUGUAGAAAAGCAAUGAAGCCUAUAGCUCUUCCAUAGUAGUUAUUGCGGACUAAACACUUUCUUGUGGGUUAUAAGUUUAAGAUUUUAUUUCGCUAUAUUUCAUUAUAUAACGACUGUUGAUCAUCACCAAAAUGAACAACAAAGCUAGGUUCGGGAAAUAGUUUUCAGAAAUAAACUUGGUCUAUUGCACGAGA